AUGCCUGCACGCACCAGUCGAUUCUUCUCUUCAUCCAACACAUCUUCAUCAUUAAAGAAAAGACAAAAAGCUGAAUCAAGCAAAGCAAACCAACAAAAGAAAAAUACCAAUUCAUCAACGGCUGCAGCUUCUUCAUCGAACAACAAGAAGCAAACAAGCAAUAACAGAAAAAAGAAAAAGAAGAACAGUUCAGACGAAGAAUCGAGUAGUAGUAGUGAUUCCGAAGAAGAUAAUAAAAAGAAGAAGAAAAAAUCAAAAAAGACGAUCAAGAAAAAACAACUCACAGAAAAAGACAAAGAAAAGAUGAAUAAGCUUUGGGAAAGAUUUGUUACUGGUAAACCACGAUUAUUAAUUGGAUGUCAUGUAGCGUUUGGUUCGCAAGGAAUUGAACAUGCUCCAUUAGCAGCUGUGGCGAAUGGAUGUUGUGGAGCAUUUGCACUGUUUUUGGGAAAUCAAAAGACAUAUUCACAAAAAGAGUACACAGACAAACAAGUUUCGAAAUUUAUUGAAAAUUGUAAAGAUUUAAAUUUUGACAGAGAGUAUUUAUUGCCACAUGCAAGUUAUUUGAUCAAUUUAGCAAACCCUGACAAGGAAAAGUUGGCUAAAUCGAAAAAUCUAUUUCUAACAGAAUACAAAAAGUGUCAACAAUUAGGCCUCAAACGGUAUAACUUUCAUCCUGGAUCUACUGUAGGAGAAACAACCGUGGAAAAUGGUUGCAAGCAAAUUGCAGAAUGCAUUAAUUGGGCAAAUUCACAAGUAGACAAUGUAAUAUCAGUUUGGAAUGCGUUGCGGGAAGUGGAAACACAAUUGGACAUAAAUUUGAACAAUUGA